GCGCGGCGGUGGAUCCCGGGGGGCGGCGACCACCGGGAGGCACCGGGGGUGCCGGGCAGGGUGCGGCGUGCGGGCAGCCCCCCGGGGGCGCGGGGCUCCGAUACCCGGCGGGAUGCUGCCCGCGGGGAGACGAGCAGCGUGCGGGGCACCGCCCCCCGGGACCGGCUGAACCCCCGGGGGAGCGGCGCACCGGGACCUCCCCGUUCCCGCGGAAGCUGCACGGAGAAAGGGCAGGGCUGCCUGGUCGGGGAACCCCGGGACGGGCUGCUGGGCCGCCCCGGGAGGAUGCACCCCCGGGGGUGGGUACCGGCAGCCCAGGGUGCGGGAUGCGCCCCGGGCUGCGGACCGGGGGGCAGCGCUCCUCCCCGUGCGGUGCAGGGGGGCACUCCGGGAGAGGAUGCCACCCCCUCAGCAGCGCGACAUUCCUGUCCCCAGCCCCUCUUGGGAGGGGUUCCCUGGAGCGCCUGGGUUCCCGCACGCCCCCUGUCCCGUGGAUUCCCCGAGGCCUCGCUCACGGGCGUUUUGGGGUGACGCGUGGUCCCGCACCCUGUCUGGCCUCAGAGCAUCCCUGGCUGCAUCCCCCGUGUGGGGCUCAGCCCCUCACCGCACUCUGCCCGGGGGUGGGGUACUGGGGGGCUGGACCCCCUGUAUCAGCAGGAAGGGCUGUGGUGAUGACUCCCUGGGCUUGGGGUUCUCUGGCACCCCAAAAAUGUGUCUCUGGGGGGCCUGGGAGGACAUGAGAGGUCAGCGCUUGCCCCCCUCCUUGUACCAAGUUUUCCCGCUUGUCCCCCUCAUUUGGGUAAGAGAGACCCCCAAGCUCAUCAAACAACCCUGGAGUGACCCCCCCAAGCCCUGGGGUGCCAGACCCUUCUCUCGGGACAUCGGGCUGUGCCAGCAGGUGCCCACCUGGGACUUGGUGCGCCUUGUCCCGGAAGCGCCGUGGCAUUGGAACCACCUCCCUGCCCUGGCCGGGGGGUUGGAGACCACGGGCAGUGGCCCCUGGGUGAGCCCAAACCGCCUCCAUCGUUCGGAGCAUCCUGGCACUGCUGUGGGGCACUCGCCCAGCUCACGGCUGGGACGAUGCCGCGCACCGGAGGGAGCCCCGGGCUGCGAGGUGUCGGGGUGUGCAGUGCUGAGGGGCAGAGCCGCUGCCCAGCACAGCCCUCGCCCCCCAGCUUGAGGAGGGUCUGGCGGGGGUGCAAGGCUCAGCCCAGCCCGAGCCCGCAUGUUUUUGGGGAGCACAGUUCCGCAGCCGGAUCGUGCCCGCAGGAGUGCCCAGGGUGGGCGUGUGCCAGUGGGAUGUCCUGGGGGGAGACUGAGGAGAGCCCCUCUCGGGCCGUCCCGGCUCUGGGGCCGCCGGCUGCCCACCUGCCUCCCAUUAAGGGUUGUUUUUCCUCCCGAGCUCCAGAUCCGCCUGGGAUUUGCUGUAAUUUGGCCGGGAGCGCGCCUUGGCCGGCCGGCGCAGCCUGCCGGAUGCGGCCCCGCUGCGGGCGGGAGCGGGGGCUGCGGCUGGGGGGCUCAGCCGGGUCCCCCUUGGGUCUGGGAGUGCUGGGGAACUGGGACAGCGCUUUUUGGGGAAUCUCUGCCUGUGUCAUCGUGUUGGUUUCUGGCCUAAAGCAUCACUGUGGUGUCCGUGCGCUGCUGCUGUCCCGGCUCCUCCAGCGCAGCGUGCAUCCCGGGGGGAUUCAGCGCGACCCUGCGCGGGUCGGCACCCACGAGCAUCCACUUCCUCGCCCCUUGGGUGUGUUGGGACCCACUUGGAAGGGCCGGGACGCCUUGGAUGGGCUGGGGAUGUUUUCACGCUGCUGAAGGUGUCCCUUGGGAGGGGAGCAGGAGCUGGGGUGACAGCGGCUGCCGCCGGCGGGUGCGGAAAGCCGCCCCGCUGCGCCUCUCGGAUGCCCCAGACAAAGGGAGCAGGUCAGGAUCCGGCCAGUCUGGCUCCGGCGGCCUCCGUAUCGUCUGAUCGCGCCGUCGCUGCUCAGCCGAGCUGCCCUCGGGAGCCCUGCGGUCCCCUCACCGCGGGCCGGGGCGCCGGGUGCCCCCCGCUUCCCCCCGCUGCCAGGGCAGCCCCUCCCCAGCCGGCGAGCCCGGGCACGCCGGACGGCCGGGACUUCCUUGGGAAGGUGCCCGCGGGCGACACGCGGCUCCGGCGGGGACGUCCCUGGCGCUGGCGGGUCCCGCUCGCCUGGUUCUGCCGGCCCGCAGCGGGGACGCCCGGUGAUGUCGCAGUGGGGGUCCCGCUCACCUCUCCUGGGGUGUCCUCACCUCGGGGGUUCAGAGCAGGGGGGUCCCAUCCCCAAAGUGCUGGCGGGCGGUGGGGUGGCUUCUUCAAGACGGUGGAGCACGGCUUCCCCAGCCAGCCCAGCGCCCUGGCCUACGACCCCGUCCUGCGUGUGAUGGCCAUCGGCACCAAGGCGGGAGCCGUCAAGCUAUAUGGCGCACCGGGUGUAGAGCUGACAGGCCUGCACAAGGAGACGGCCACUGUCACCCAGCUGCACUUCCUUCCCGGCCAGGGCUGGCUCCUGUCGCUGCUGGACGAUAACACGCUGCACCUGUGGGAGGUGUGCCAGAAGGAGGGCUGCUCCCACCUGGAGGAGACCCGCAGCUUCGGCCUCCCGGGACGCCCAGGCUGCUCUCCUGGCAUCACACGGGUGACGGUGGUCCUGCCGAUGGCUGCUGGUGCCAUGGCCUGCCUGGGCACCGAGGGCGGUGCCGUGUACUUUGUCACCCUGCCCACCCUGACACUGCUGGAGGACAAAACCCUCUUCCCGGAUGAGAUCCUGCAGAGUGUCCCCGAUGACUACCGCUGCGGGAAGGCGCUGGGGCCCGUGGAGUCCAUCCAGGAGCACCCACGGGAUGGCAGCCGGCUCCUGAUCGGGUACAGCCGUGGGCUGGUGGUCCUGUGGGAGCAGAGCACUCGAGCUGUGCAGCAUCUCUUCCUGGGAAACCAGCAGCUGGAGAGCCUGGCCUGGGAGCAGAGCGGGAAGAGCAUCGUCAGCUCCCACAGCGACGGCGGCUACAUGGUGUGGGCAGCGAGCGGCUCCGGCCAGAGGACCCAGCAGCCCGUCAUGUCCACCAUCCCCUACGGGCCGUUCCCUUGCAAAGCCAUCAGCAAAAUCCUCUGGCGAACCUGCGAGUCAGGGAACCCCUUCAUCAUCUUCAGCGGGGGAAUGCCACGGGCCAGCUACGGUGACAGGCACUGUGUCAGCGUGCUGCAGGGCCAGACCCUGGCCACGCUGGACUUCACCUCCCGUGUCAUUGACUUCUUCACCGUGCAGAGCGCAGAGGUGCCUGAGGGAGGCUUUGAGAACCCCCGAGCCCUCGUGGUGCUGGUGGAAGAGGAGCUGGUGGCCAUCGACCUGCAGACGCCGGGCUGGCCCACCAUCCCUGCCCCGUACCUGGCACCUCUCCACUCCUCUGCCAUCACCUGCUCCUGCCAUGUCUCCAACGUGCCCCUCAAGCUCUGGGAGAGGAUCGUCAGUGUGGGCGAGCAGCAGAGCCCCCGGCAAUCCUCUGUGGCUUGGCCCAUUGAUGGGGGAAAGAACCUGGCCCAGGAGCCCACGCAGAGGGGGCUUCUCCUCACCGGGCACGAGGACGGCACGGUGCGGUUCUGGGACGCCUCGGGGGUCUCCCUGAAGCCCCUCUACAAGCUGGGCACCGCCAACAUCUUCCAGACAGACUGUGAGCACAACGACAGCCUCAACCAGGCGGGCGAGGAGGAGUGGCCUCCGUUCCGCAAGGUGGGCUGCUUUGAUCCCUACAGCGAUGACCCGCGUCUGGGCGUGCAGAAGAUCGCGCUCUGCAAGUACACGGCCAAGAUGGUGGUGGCUGGCACGGCGGGGCAGGUGCUGGUGAUGGAGCUGAGCGAUGAGAAGUCAGAGCACGCGGUCAGCGUGGCCACCGUGGACCUGCUGCAGGACCGUGAGGGCUUCACCUGGAAGGGCCACGACCGGCUGGCCCCUCGGAACGGGCCCCUCCUCUUCCCCCCCGGCUUCCAGCCCAGCGUGCUGGUGCAGUGCGUGCCCCCCGCCGCCGUCACCGCCGUCACCCUCCACUCCGAGUGGAACCUGGUGGCCUUCGGCACCAGCCACGGCUUUGGACUCUUCGACUACUACCGGCGCAACCCCGUGCUGGCCAGGUGUACGCUGCACCCCAACGACUCGCUGGCCAUGGAGGGGCCCCUGUCGCGCGUGAAGUCCCUCAAGAAGUCCCUGCGUCAGUCCUUCCGCCGCAUCCGCAAGAGCCGCGUGUCGGGCAAGAAGAGGCUCAACGCCAGCAGCCCCUCCAGCAAGGUGCAGGAGGCCAACGCGCAGCUGGCGGAGCAGGCGGGGCCCCCCGAGGUGGAGAUGACGCCGGUGCAGCGGCGCAUCGAGCCCCGCUCGGCCGAUGAUUCGCUGUCGGGGGUCGUGCGGUGCCUCUACUUUGCUGACACCUUCCUCCGUGACGCCGCCCACCACGGCCCCACGAUGUGGGCAGGGACCAACUCGGGGUCGGUGUUCGCCUACGCCCUGGAGGUGCCGUCGCAGGAGAAGUUCUCGGAGCGGGCGGUGGAAGCGGUGCUUGGGAAGGAGAUCCAGCUGAUGCACCGGGCCCCGGUGGUGGCCAUUGCGGUGCUGGACGGGCGGGGGAACCCCCUGCCCGAGCCCUACGAGGUGUCUCGGGACCUGGCCAAGGCCCCCGACAUGCAGGGCAGCCACUCCAUGCUCAUCUCCUCCGAGGAACAGUUCAAGGUGUUCACGCUGCCCAAAGUGAGUGCCAAGACCAAGUUCAAGCUGACAGCCCACGAGGGCUGCCGGGUGCGGAAGGUGGCCCUGGUGAGCCUGGCCAGCGCUGGCUCUGAGGAGCGGCUGGAAAACUGCCUGGCCUGUCUCACCAACCUGGGGGACAUCCACAUCUUCAGCGUGCCCAGCCUGCGGCCCCAGGUCCACUACAGCUGCAUCCGUAAGGAGGACAUCAGUGGCAUUGCCUCCUGUGUCUUCACCAAGCAUGGCCAAGGUUUCUACCUAAUUUCACCAUCUGAGUUCGAGCGCUUCUCGCUGAGCGCCAGGAACGUCACGGAGCCACUGUGCCGGCUGGAGAUCGCCCGGCUCCAGGACACCUCCUGCCUCAGCAACAGCUCAGCGGUGACACCGAAGCUGCCCCAGGCCAACGGCACCCACGUCCCACGCGGCUCCGAGGGCCAGCACUCCCCCUCGGACAGCGACCGGUCCCCUGAGGAGCAUCCAGCCGCCUUCUCGCCGGGCCCCAUCGACUCCCCCAACAGCAGCAUGGAGAACCCGCUGGACACCACCGGGGACAUCACCGUGGAGGAAGUGAAGGAUUUCCUGCCGUCCUCGGAGGAAGCGGAGCAGAACCUGAGGAACACCAGCGAGGACGAGGCCCGGCCCACGGGGAUCCUCAUCAAGUGAGGCACCGCCAGCCUCCCUGACCCAUCUCAGUGCUCGGAUUCCCGGGACGCGCGACUCGACUGGACCCCCGCGCCCCCUCCCCAUAACGUAGACUCUUCUCCUCUCUAACCUCCGCGCCGGCCGCCGCCGCGCCCCGGCUCCGGCACUCCCCGCACACCUCCCUGCCCGGAGCCCCGUGGGGCACAAACUCUUCCCGGGGAAGAUAAGUUCCUUUUUUUAUACACGGUCGAGUGUCACUGUCCCCUGCUCCAGAGCCCCCUUCCUGGGGGAUGCUGCUCCUUCCCCGGCUCCACGGGGAGGGCUGGGGCUUGUGGACCCCCCCUUGUCCCCCUGGUUUUGGUCCCUUGGGGCAGUGGGGGGCCAGAAGCCCCCGGGCACGGCCCCCCCAUCCCCUGGUCUGUGUUUACAUGCCCGGCUCCCUGCAGUUUACAGCCCUGUUCCCUGCCUGCCAGGAGGCUCUGGCUGCCACACAGGGACUGUCCCCAGGGGAGCCCAGCGGGGAUCCCCUGGCUCCCAGGUGGGCAGCAGAGGCCUUGAGCAGCCCGAGGAGGGGCACGCUGGGGGGUCACAGGUGGCCUUUUUCUCUUAGUGGCUUCUCCAAGGGCUAUUCUCCAGGUUGGGCUCUGUGCCUGCUGCUCCUUUCUGACACUAAUUCCUGCCACGGGGUGUGUUUGGGAUGGGAUCACGCUGUGGAAUUACACACGGGCUCCUGCUCCUGCUCCACGUUGGUGCUGCGGGGGGGCAGAUGGGGCUGCCCCAGCCCCCUCCUGCCCCAGGCUGGGCUGCCCCACCCUGGGGGUCUCACUGUGCCAAAUCCCCCCUGGGCUCCGAGCCUGGCCUCGUCCUCCGGGGGGCUGCGGAGGUGCCAGCUCUGUCCCCUGGCCUGUGGUGGCUGUCACCACGGGGCUCAGCUGGCCCCUGCCCCUCUCCUUUUGGGGAGCUGUGGCCCCCGGGCUCUCUCGCGGUACGUGUGUGGCUGGGGGGGUUUGGGCUCUGUUGCUGCCGGCCGAGGCCGGGGCUGUAGCGUCCCUGGUAGAACUCCCCCUCCACCUCAUCUUUUUUUUUUUUGUUUUGUUUCGUUUUUGGUAAGAUGAAUUUAGCAUUGUUUAGUAAUUAAAAAUACUGGUUUUUAAUAUUGAAAAUAAAGCAUUUAAUAUCAA